CUCGGAGAGCGCAGGAGCUGUAUAUAUAGCUUCUCUUCGUUGUUCCGUUUUGUUCGAAAUAGAUCCGAUUUCUACCGCAGAGACCUUCAGUACGGCAGGAUGGCUCGACAUAGCCUGUACGGAGGGAAAGACAAUGAUGUCGAAUACUACGGCGAAGACGAUGACGAAGACAACGAAGACGACGGUAUCGAUGAAGACAUCGAAUCCAUAAGGCGCGCCUGUAUAAUCGCCGGCGCAAAUCCCGACGAGAUUAUCCCACCGACCGAUGGUUUCGGCAGCGAAGGAGGAGGCGGGGAGAAUCAGUGCGGUUCUGCUGCGGCGAACACCGGCGGCGGUGGGGUGGGUAGGGUUGCCUCGGAUUCCGACAGCGAAGACGACCUCGAGAUGCUUCGCAGCAUUAGGAACCAGUUCGCCUUGUCAUUGGAUGUAUGCGAGGCGCUGGAGCCGCUCGCUGUUCUGCCGCCGGAUGGGUUUUUCGAUGACGAUGAUGACAACGAAGAAGAAGCCUUGGAAACCCUACGCGCUAUUCGUAAGCAAUUCUCUGCUUAUGAAAUUUCCGGUGUGGGGGGAAAUUUCAUGGAUGAUCUUUCAGGGAAGAAACAGCAGGUACAUGCAUCUGGUACCGCCUCAGGCAAUGAAACUUCGAGUGAAAUAUUGGGUAGAUCUAAUACUUGUGAUAGCUUUCCAGAUCAUCAGCAGCCAUGCCACACAGUCCUGAAUUCUGAGGCAAUAAAUACUGGUAGCGAUUUUCUUGAUGCAAAUGAAAAAGCUGUUGCUGAGCCUCUUGAUCAGCCCGGUACACAUGGAUCAUCCCUUCUGCAAGCUGGGGGCUCGAGCUUACCUGAAUUUGCGCAUGCUUUGUUUUAUGCAAUAAAGAAGAACAGGUCGUACCAGAGAUUGCUUCAAGAAAAAUUGACCAAAAUUGAAGCAACGAUUGAGCAGAACAAAAAACUCAUGGAAAAAGUUAAAAUUUUUAAAGAUUGUCAAGCCUAUUGCAAGAAAAUAGCCGGACAGGCAUUAUCUCAGAAAAUGGAUUAUCGUAUCCAACUAUUAUCAACACGAAAGUCAGGGCCUUCUGACAGUUCAGAGGGUAAUGGUAAAAAGGCAUCCCCUUUGCUGUUUGGUCCUCCAGAAAAUCCUCGUGUGGCAAACUAUCAGAUGGCAAUGGCUAAAUAUCCUCUGUCGGUUGACCGCAGAUGUUGGUCUGCAGCAGAGAUUGAAAACCUUGGAAAGGGUUUAAGACAACAAAUUCAAGAUAGACUCCUUUCAGAUGCAAUUGAUCGUUCCAGCGAGGGAUCUACGAAUGACGCGGACACCAUUGUUCAGACAAUCCGAGAUCUUGAAAUCCCACCCGAAAUGAUCAGGCAGUUCCUACCCGAGGUAAAUUGGGAUCUGUUGGCGUCAAGAUAUGUCAAGCAUCGUUCUGGAGCAGAAUGUGAAGCCCGGUGGAUGAACUGGGAAGAUCCCUUGAUCAACCGCAGUGCAUGGACUGCCGAAGAGGACAAAAAUCUACUGUUGAUUAUUCAGGAAAAGGGUAUCAAGGACUGGCUUUGUAUUGCGGAAUUGCUGGGAACAAGCAGGACUCCAUUUCAAUGUUUGGCUCGAUAUCAGAGGAGCUUAAAUGCCUCCAUAUUGGAGAGAGUGUGGACUGAAGAGGACGAUGACCAACUCCGUGCUGCAGUAGAAGUUUAUGGUGAGAAAGAUUGGCAAGCAGUUGCGUCUGUAUUAAAAGGAAGAACUGGACCCCAAUGCUCUAAUAGAUGGAAGAAAUCGUUGCACCCUAAAAGACAAAGGGUAGGCAGAUGGAGCUCUGAGGAAGACAAACGUCUGAAAGUAGCUGUGAAAUUCUUUGGAGCAAAAAAUUGGCACAAAAUUGCUCAGUAUGUUCCUGGUCGGACUCCACCUCAGUGUCGAGAGAGAUGGGUGAAUUCUUUAGAUCCUAAUGUGAAUCGCAGUCCAUGGACUGAAGUAGAGGAUGCAGAGUUGAGAGCCGCAGUCGCAGACCUUGGACAUAGCUGGUCUAGAAUUGCUACCCGUCUGCCUUCUCGCACUGAUAAUCAGUGCUGGAGGAGAUGGAAGGCAUUAUAUCCCCACCAAGUCCCUCUUAUACAAGAAGCCAGAAGGUUGCGGAGGGAAGCUAUUGUAGGAAACUUUGUUGAUCGGGAAUCAGAGCGUCCUGCUCUUGGGGUUGGUGAUUUGGUGGCACUACCUAUGAUAUCCCCUUUACUUGAACCUGACCCUGAAUCUGAAAUCGUGGCCUCAACAAAGAAACGUAAACGCACAGUAAAAAAGAAGCCUGGAAUCGAAGGUAAAGCAAAUGAGGCGUCUUGUGCUGCUAAGAAGAGCCGAUCAAGGAGGUGUGGGAAAGGCCAAGAGGGAUGUUCUUCUGAGUUGUCUGGACUUGAAGAAGAAAAUGUGUGCGAAAUUAAUAAUCCAAAACCCAAAAGGAAGGCAGUGACAAACCAGUCUUUGAAAAACCGAGGAAGAAGUAGAAGAGGAAGCGAACACAAAGAGGCAGAAGUUGUUCAGGAACACACUAUGACAUAGACGCCGAGUCAAUGUAAAGAGUGAGCUGUUAUAAGAGAUGAAGACGUCCACUUAAAAAUCUAGUGAAAGAGAAGGACUACAAGCACUCAUGACACUGGUCUGGUCGGGAGACAAAAUAGUAAAAGAUUCUGUGGCUGGUGGUGGUGGUGGUGGGUAGGGUUGCUGAUGUCAAGUCUACUUCUCUCUCUCGACCACAGUGAAGGGUCUAAAGAAAGAAAGAAAGAAAGGUGGCUGAGCUCGUGGUUAAAACGAGGCUAACACUUUCACUACUUAAGAGCCGAACCCGAGACUGACCCUCCCCCUCCAAAGCUUUCAGGACAUGUGCUGGGGUAUCUAUCCAUCUGUCUAUGGAUAUGGUAAUAAAUAUUCUCACAGGCUGAUCUGAUUGUCUGUUGGCAGCGCUUUGGUCUCUGUGAGAGGUCUCUUGGGAUCUUUGCAUAAAAUGCAAAGGGCAGUGUCUUUGUGGAUAGCUGAGUCAAGAAGCUGAAGCAGAUGAUGUUGUGAUGAGUUUUAGUUGGCUGAAAUGGAAGACAGCCUUUGCAACCACAGCCACUAUACUGUCACGAGAAAAAAUGGGUAAUUUUUUGGGUGACAAUAUAUACACAUAAAAAUUUCUAGUUUUUCAUUCAUUUAAGGAUAUCCUCUUUGAUACAACUUUACCUUCGCCGUUUCUCUAAAUUUUAAUUUUUUUUUACGCGAAAAAAAAAAUCGAUACUCGUAAUUUUUUGAUAUGUUUGUACUUUAAUAUUUAUUUAUUUUUCAAAGAUGAGAUAGGUAGGAAUUAUAUUUUUUAAAAUUUGUAUAAAUUUGUUGAC